AUGCACCGUUACCACCUCAGCCCCGGCUUCCUUCAGAUAUUAGCAUGCUUCAAAGAUCGAUACAUGCCGACUGAAGAGGAAUUCUCGAGCGCGGCGCAGUCACAUUUCACUGAUGACCGUUAUGAGUUCGGUUGGGUAUACAAAUACUCGGAGAAGAAAGCUGUCGGCGAAGGAAAUCCGUGGCGAAUUCGACAAACCGGAAUUUACCACUUUACCGAGCUGAAGCGGGCGAGAUCAGUGUUGUUCAUCAUACACCCAAGCCCCUCCGCCCACUUCAAAGAUCACCUCAGUCAGGUGCUACAACAACAGAAGGCCAGAAUCAGCCUAUUAGCAAAUCCCAUGCUAAUCCAUUCGAUGCUCAUAUCUGUACAUCUCGGCUCUUGGCGUGAUUAUCUGGAGUACCACGUAGCCAAGCUUUUGCAAUUAGUGAGUGCUCUCACCGAUGAUGACAGCCUAAUAAAGUCCCUACUGACUUAUACGAAGGAUAUCAAAUCGGCCUGUACAUCGAUCGAACAGCCGCUCGUCACGUUUGAAACUCUCAAAGACACCCGCGCUAUUGAGAAGAACAUCCUGCCACUCGAGCCUAUUCUCGCAUCCUUCGAAAUCCUCUUGGACGAUCUUCAAGAAGCCAACAGAAUCUUUUCUGGGGCGAGCGGAGCAAUAGAAGGCACAUCUGAGGUCAUAAAAGCGGCGUUCGCCCAGUUCCGCAAGGACGCUGCAUCAUACAGAGGAUAUGCUCUAUACAUGGGCGGAAGAGCUCAGUCGACCGCUCAGUCAAUGCUGGACACAAUAAACCUGGGUUUCCAACAACUGGCACAAAGCCAAAACAAUUAUACGAUGGGUAUGGCCAAAUCGGCGCGAGAGGACUCCAUCGCCAUCAGAGCGGUAACGCUGGUCACUUCACUUUAUCUACCGUUCUCUUUCGUUGCCGUACGUAUCACAUUCCCCGUAAAUCUUGGCCGGUACUGA